AGCUCCAUUGCGGAAGUGGUGGCCUUUGGUUCCCUUUCACGCGUACAGUGACACGCAUUCGACGACUCGGCGCCGGGCUUUACUCUCCUUCGCGCUGACCGGUGCGGUUUCGUUUUCUGGACCCGCGUGGCUGGUUUAUGCUCGCUCGUUUGGUUCGUAACGUAGCUCAGAGGCUGCCGAGCGUGUCGAUGAUGACGAAGCCGCAGGUUGUGUUCGUGCUGGGCGGGCCAGGCGCCGGCAAAGGGACCCAGUGCGCCAAAAUCGUGGAGAACUACAACUACACCCAUUUGUCAGCUGGAGACUUGUUGAGGGCAGAGCGGGCCAGAGAUGGAUCAGAGUUUGGACAACUCAUUUCCAGUUUCAUCAAAGAAGGCAAAAUUGUGCCUGUGGAAAUCACCAUUAACUUACUUCGAAAGGCAAUGCAGGAGACCAUGCAAAAAGAUGAACAAAAGUACCGCUUCCUCAUAGAUGGCUUUCCUCGCAACGAGGACAACCUUCAGGGUUGGAAAUCCGUCAUGGAUGGAAAAGCAGAUGUCAGAUUUGUGCUUUUUUUUGACUGCAGCAAUGAGGUUUGCAUCACAAGGUGUUUAGAACGAGGGAAGAGCAGUGGGCGCACAGAUGACAACAGAGAGAGCUUGGAAAAACGAAUCCAAACAUACCUGCUGUCAACACGACCGAUCAUCGAGCUGUAUGAGAAGGAUGGCAAGGUGCGCUGUGUGGACGCCUCUCAUUCUGUGGAGGAGGUCUUUGCUGAUGUCAAACGUGUCUUUGACAAGGAAGGUUGACUCUCCUACGGUCGAAUGCACUCAUUUUUACCUUUUGACUUUUCUUUUUAUCAUCUUGCCACUUAAUCAUGAUAUCCAUGAUAUUUAUACACACAUUCACAUGUCUUUAUACUUUCGGUUACUUUAUUUCCUGAUCUCGUCAAAUCUGCACUGUUUUUGUGGUUGUGUACAAAUUAGGAGUGUGUCUGAACCAUGGAAAGUCGAGCAGCUCGUGUAGAACAGUCUCAUCUGCACUUUUGUCUUUCAGCAUAGUUUGAGGGCUUUGUAUAGGAACAAAAUGUUACCUCUGAGGAAAAACGCUUUCCUGCAAUAUAAAUCGGAAAGCAUCUCUGCUCUUAGACCAAACCAUGUCAUAAUAAAAUAAAUGCAACCUAUUUGAGUCUCAAACAGCUGGUUUUGAAAAAUGAAAUGCAUCAAUUUGCCUUAUAUUUCAUGGCCAGACUGAGCAAGUAGGGCUUCAAUCACGCUGAAGAGUAUUUGUCAACUGCACAAUGUGCUUCGAGUCAUAUCCACACCUGAGAGGACUUCAUACAGUUUGUUACGUCUGCAAGAAAUAAAACAAAUCCAAACAAUUUCUUUGAA